AUGGACGACUUAAAUGAUGACGAAGUUUUAAUCGUUCGUAGGUUGCCAUACAUGGCCCGAAGCUUACCUAUUACAAUACGCUCAGACUUUUGCUUGAAAACUCAAAAGCUUUUAGGGACCUUGCCACCACAAUGUGGAAUGUUUUUAAGAAUGCCCUUGUUAAAACAUUUGAGUGGAGAGCUACAUUUAGUUAAUAAUGACGUUAUUGCCGAGAUGAUCUUUGAGGCAAUUACUAAAAAAAUGGUGUGUUCAAAAUUAAACAGAAUGGACUUGGAUGUUGUAAGUUCCUGCUUGUCCUCAUGGAAAUCUGACCAAGAACGAGUUGAAGCUUUUUAUAAAAUAUUAGCUCCCGUCUUAAAUGCAGCGUUUGAAGUGUGGGAUGUGAAGACAGUAAAUUUUAAAAUGGCUAGAUAUAAUGUUGACAAGAUAGUUAAUUAUAUUACCCAAAUGUAUGUGCGAUGUUGGAAAACUGCAAGCAACCCACCCUUUGUGCUAACUGCAUUACUGAAAGGCCUUAAACAAAAUCUGUCCAUAAAGGAAAAUUAUGUAACAAUAAGCCAUUUACAGUUGGCUAUUGAAUGCUUUGAGAUAUUAUUGAAGGUGGAUGGUAAUGAAUUAGAUGAGGAUGAUAUUUUAGAAGAUAACACUUUAGAUAUAGCAAAGAUGUGUGUAAGAUUAUUUUGCGACGACCUAAACUCCUAUGGUCAUCAUAUAUGGAAAUUGUUUUAUCAUGCAUUGCAGAAGACGCUUGACGCUUUUUGGAUGACAAAGCGAACUCAACACAAAAUUUCUAAUUGUAUGCUCGAUUUAAGUAAAGAUUUGUCUGCUGAUCUUGACGUUUUAGUACAUAUAUUAGUAUUAGAACUGAACUUUUAUAAAGUUGACGAUAUUUUUGGGAUUUUCGGUUCUGACGAUUCAUGUAUAGAUGACGAUGGUCGCGAACAGUUAUUGGAUAGGAUUAAAAUGCAUCCUUCUUGCGAAGUUAAAGCAAAUCAUUCCAAACUAGUGUUAAGUCAUAUAUCAGAUUCAGAUUACAAGGAAUUUUUAUACAAUGUACAUCAUGAUUAUUCGUAG